ACAGAUCACACCCCUGACUAGAGGAUUCCAUGCCUGUAGGUUCUGCUUUGGUGGGGAGUGUGGGGCCCAGGAGUCAUUCAGAGAGACUGGUAACUGACAACAGUGGCCCUGGGGGUGUCGAGGGCUGAACACCAUCUUGGGGUCCCACACACAGCUGCUGUGUGCCCAAGCAAGCCGCUCUGUGGCCCCUUUCCUUUCCCUCCUGGCCUGUGUCCCUGAGCUGACAGGGGCUCUUAGGCAUGGAGGAAGGUGAGGUGUCAUGAAGCCAGUGUGGGUCAUCAUCCUUGGGUGGAUCCUGCUGGUGCCCAGGGUAGGGACUGCCUGGAGAGGACCCCCAGAAGAGGCAUCCUUCUACUAUGGAACCUUUCCACCCGGCUUCUCCUGGGGCGUGGGCAGUUCUGCCUACCAGACAGAAGGUGCAUGGGACGAGGAUGGGAAAGGGCCCAGCAUCUGGGAUGCCUUCACACAUGGCAGAAAGGAACAGGUGCUAGGAGGUGACACAGCAGACACAGCCUGUGACAGCUACUAUAAAGUUCAGGAGGACAUUGCCCUGCUGAAGGAACUACAAGUCAGCCACUACCGAUUUUCCCUGUCUUGGCCGCGGCUCCUGCCCACGGGGGUCAGAGCUGAACAGGUGAACAAGAGAGGAAUCAAAUUCUACAGCGAUUUCAUUGACGCUCUCCUGAAGAGCAACAUCACCCCCGUUGUGACCUUGCACCACUGGGACCUACCACAGAUGCUCCAGGUAGCAUACGGCGGGUGGCAGAAUGUGAGUAUGACCCGAUACUUCAGUGACUAUGCUGACCUAUGCUUUGAGGUCUUUGGGGACCGAGUGAAGCAUUGGCUCACAUUCAGUGAUCCUCGGACAAUGGUAGAAAAAGGUUAUGAGACCGGUCUCCACGCACCAGGCCUGAGGCUCCAGGGCACUGGCCUAUAUGUGGCUGCACACCAUAUCAUUAAGGCCCACGCCCAGGCUUGGCAUUCUUAUAAUAACACGUGGCGCAGCAAACAGCACGGCCUAGUAGGGAUCUCACUGAACUGUGACUGGGGGGAACCUGUGGACAUCGACAACCCCGACGAUAUUGAGGCUGCUGAGCGAUACCUACAGUUCUGUCUCGGUUGGUUUGCCAACCCUAUUUACGCUGGUGACUACCCCCAAGUCAUGAAAGACCACAUUGGAACAAAGAGUGCCGAGCAAGGCCUGGAGAUGUCGAGGUUGCCCACGUUCUCCCUGCAGGAGAAGAGCUACCUUAAAGGCACAUCUGACUUCCUGGGCCUGGGCCAUUUUACCACUCGAUACAUCACUCAAAGGAAAUAUCCCUCCCACCAGGGGCCCAGCUACCAGAAUGACCGUGACUUAGUGGAGCUUGUGGACCCCAACUGGCCAGAAAUGGGAUCCCCAUGGCUCUAUUCUGUGCCGUGGGGAUUCAGGAGGCUUCUCAACUUUGCCCAGACUCAGUACGGUGACCCUCCCAUAUAUGUGACAGAAAGUGGAGCGCCCCAAAAGUUACAUUGCACUCAGUUCUGCGAUGAGUGGAGAAUCCAGUACCUCAAAGGAUACAUCAAUGAAAUGUUAAAAGCUAUAAAAGAUGGCGUGGAUAUAAAAGGGUAUACUUCCUGGUCUCUGUUGGAUAAGUUUGAAUGGGAGAAAGGCUAUGCAGAUAAAUAUGGAUUCUACUAUGUUGAAUUCAAUGUGAGAAACAAGCCUCGCUAUCCCAAGGCUUCUGUGCAGUAUUACAAGGAGAUCAUCACAGCCAGUGGGUUCCCAAACCCACAAGAGGUGGAAAGUUGGCGUCUCAAAGCCUUGGAAACUUGCUCCAUCAACAACCAGAUGCUUGCCACAGAGCCCUUGCUUAGGCACAUGCACGUGGCUUCAGAGAUUGUGGUCCCCACAGUCUGCGCCCUCUCCAUCCUCACUGCUGCCCUGAUGCUGACACUUCUCCUCAGGAGACGUGGCUGAGACGGGAUCUCCUCUCCACCUUCAUCUGUCAAAGCAUCUCUUCAGGAUCACUCUUCUUUUCUGCUGCAGAAGUUCACGUGAUGUCUAUUUUUCAGGCUCUGAAAAUUAACUCACUCUUUUCCCCCUUUUUGUUUUGUGCUGUGAUUUAAGAAAAUAAAAAUAAGCAUAAAUAAAAUGAAAGAAACCUGUAGUCUCAA